AUGCUGACGCGAAUUUUAUUAGGUGCUGAACGAUUGUGUAGUGGAACUGUUAUUAAAUCCUUCAGUUUUCUUGCUUCACGUGGUCAAUUCAUACCUAGUAGUACUUCUUAUUCCUUUACACGUAACAUGGGGUCAAUACGUAAAGAACGCGACACUUUUGGUGAGCUGCAAGUACCAGCAGACCGCUAUUAUGGAGCCCAAACUGCCAGAUCUAUGAUGAACUUCAAAAUUGGAGGUCCCGAAGAGCGCAUGCCUUUGCCAGUUAUUCAUGCAUUCGGUAUUCUUAAAAAAGCAGCUGCUUUAGUUAACAAAGAAUAUGGCUUAGAUCAAAAAAUUGUUGACGCCAUAUCAAAAGCGGCGGACGAAGUUAUCGCGGGAAAAUUAGAUGACCACUUUCCAUUAGUUGUUUGGCAGACGGGAUCUGGUACUCAAUCUAACAUGAAUGUGAAUGAGGUAAUAUCGAAUCGCGCAAUCGAGAUGCUGGGUGGUGAAUUAGGAUCUAAGAAGCCUGUACAUCCGAAUGAUCAUGUAAACAUGUCGCAGUCGUCGAAUGAUACCUACCCAACAGCUAUGCAUAUUGCUGUGGCUAGAGAAGUUAAUUCUCGUUUACUUCCAUCCUUAAAACAGUUACGUGAUUCACUGAAACAUAAAGCAAAAGAAUUCGAAAACAUCAUUAAAAUUGGACGCACACAUACUCAGGAUGCGGUUCCACUUACUCUGGGCCAGGAGUUUAGUGGUUAUGUUCAGCAGAUGGAAAAUGGCAUCGAACGUGUAAAAGAUACCUUACCUCGUUUGUAUAUGCUUGCAGCUGGAGGUACUGCAGUUGGUACCGGACUUAACACACGAGUUGGUUUCGCUGAAAAAGUUGCUGCAAAGAUUGCGGAACUGACUGGUUUACCAUUCGUUACAGCUCCAAAUAAGUUUGAGGGAUUAGCUGCGCAUGACGCAAUGAUUGAAGUGCAUGGUGCUCUGAAUACAGUUGCUGCCAGUUUAAUGAAAAUUGCAAACGAUAUACGAUUUCUUGGUUCUGGUCCUCGCUGUGGUCUUGGAGAACUCUCUUUACCAGAAAAUGAGCCUGGGAGUUCGAUCAUGCCUGGUAAAGUGAACCCAACUCAGUGUGAAGCACUGACCAUGGUUGCUGCUCAGGUUUUUGGUAAUCAGGUUGCUGUUACUGUUGGGGGCUCAAAUGGGCACUUUGAACUGAAUGUAUUCAAGCCACUGAUUGUCCGUAAUGUCCUUCAAUCGACUCGACUUAUUGCUGAUUCUUGUGUAUCAUUCGCAGUCAAUUGUGUUGAUGGUAUUAAAGCCAAUAAGGAAAACAUUGCCAAAAUACUGCGUGAAUCACUGAUGUUAGUGACAGCAUUAAAUCCUCACAUUGGUUAUGACAAUGCUGCAAAAAUUGCGAAAACGGCUCAUAAAAACGGCACAACCUUGAAAGAAGAGGCUGUGAAACUAGGAAUUCUGACAGCUGAGCAAUUCGAUAAGUGGGUGCGACCCGAGAAUAUGUUAGCACCAAAAUAA